CCGAUGACGUCUGGUAUACCAUUGUAUUUUUUGGUCAUUGCUUCGAACAAUCAGGGGCUUAGUGUAAGUUUAGAGUGUGACAUACCGACAUACGAUAUGACUCUACCCAGAGGAAGGAUGAUUCCUGAUUUCCAUUCUACUAGUCAUCCACAUGUAUUAAGAGCAUCUGGGAUGGCCGUUGACGACUCCCCUCUCAAGCAACAUGCUUUGGCAGUCGGCUAUGGCCAUGGUAUAUAUGGCGAUCAAGAGGUUGCCUGGCAUUACAUCGCACCAAACAAAUCAUCUGUGGUAGAUGUGAUUGACGAUGAAUUCAACAGUGGCAUACUUAAUCAUUUUACAGCUGUACGACUUGGUAAGCUCAUAGCAAAGGCCAAACACCCGAUUAAACCCCAUGUUGUGUCAUCAUGGGCUACGCCACGUGGUUGCGCCAAAGAAUGUUUGGAAUAUCCUCCAGCAAAAUGUACAAGCUUUAACUAUGAUUAUGGAAAGGCUGGGACGUGUGAACUGCUUGAAUUUGUGGAAGGCAACCAAGCAGAACUUCAUGAAUCUGGACAUUUUCAUCACUUUGAACGUCUUGGUGCGGGGCACUCUGGGAAAUACAGCUAUGAUGAGCUCAGUCUAUCUCACAACACAGUCUAUUAUUUCAACUACCAAGUUGUUAACACACUAGGGUAUGAAAGCAUUCUUACAUCCAAGGCUAUACUGGCUGAUUUCACACCACCGUCUACCGGACCUAUAGUUCAACCGAUUUCAAGUCAUUUUACCCGUGAACCGUGCGUGGAUAUUACAACUGAUGUAUUUUCCGAGAGAUGUAUUGAGCCAACACCACUCAAGAAUUACAGGGUGGUUGUAGAUGGUGUCUCGGAGCCUGAUGGUCCGCAUUCUCUAUGUGUAUUCAAUGGUGAUCGUGCUAUGUUUGAUUUGAGAUGGACAAGGGACAAUAAAUAUUGCUCAGCAAAUUGGGAUGGAUUUCAUGACAAUGAGACAGGUAUAUUUAACUACUUAGUUUCUGUUGGAACUGAUUUGUGCUUGGACAACCACCACACGCACAAGGAUCCACAUUCUCACAUUAUAUACGAGUCCGAAUGGACACAUGAAGCGAUGCUAUAUCCCCUUCACAUGCCAGAUGGGUACUAUCACAUCAACGUGAGAGCAUUGAACAAAAUAGCAUUUGGAGGUCCGAUGGCAGUGACUGUGUGUCAUAGUUUACCUUACAUAGUUGAUACAACGCCCCCGUUUGUUCACCAUGUGUUAACAUUGUCAUAUAAUGAACAUACAUAUGUAAUUAAGAUGACGUAUAAUGUUAGUGAUCCUUUGUCUGAUAUAAGAGAGGUUGACUUUUGUCUGGGGAGAAGUAGACGUGACUGCUACAUAUCUGACUGGGACAGAUAUCCAAAUAAAACUCAUCUUGAGAAAAUACAGCAUGUUCCUGAUGGAAUACCAGCAUGGCCAAAAAUAAGAGCAAUUAACAAUGUGGAUCUUAGGGAGGUUGGACCCACAAAUGUCCCAAUAGUCAUUGACACAACGCCACCUAUAGCUGGAGAUCUAUUUGACGGAUGGGUUCAUAAUAUAGAUUUUAAAUACCAGAACAGGGACAAUAUACUGUGUGCUAAUUGGAGGAAUUUCCAUGAUCCAGAUAGUGGACUAGUUGGUUACAAGAUAGGAUUCGGAACAAGGCGAGGUCUCGUGGAUGUUGUUCAACUAACUGAUCUCGGUCAUUAUGAAUAUGAUGCUUGUAUGACCUCUUUCACCAACAUCACUAGCCUGGUGCACAACUCUACCUAUUACACUAUUCUCUACGCUUUCAAUGGAGGACAUCGAUUACUCAACGUUUCUGUGAUUUCUGAUGGAGUUUUGGUUGAUAUGACAAAUCCUUCCUGUGGUUGGAUAAAGGAUGGCUUAGACAAAGACAUUGAUAGGAACUAUACUUCAAAAACAGCCAGUGUACUCGUAAAUUGGGGUGGUUUUGAGGACCAAGAAUCGGGUAUAGAUGACUACUCAUUAGCCGUAUAUAGAAGAAGACCUUCCAGUAAAGCAAACGAGGAAACAACUGUGAGCUUAAUACAUCAACCAGAGUCAGUCGGAGGCAAUACUAGUUUUAUCAAUUGGCACCAUUUCCACCAUCACCACGGUGAUCAUAUAUAUGUGGAAAUGAACACUACCAACGGCGCUAAUUCUACAAUUACAACAGUUUCAACGGGAGUAACAGUGGACUUGACAGCCCCAGAUGUGCAAUACCUGGGCGACGGUGAUGUUCCCGGUAUCAAUGCACAGUUCUCUAGUAGCCUGAGUGAACUUGCAGCUAACUGGCUCUUCAUUGAUCCCGAAUCUGGGAUAAAUCACCACCAGUUCACGGUGUAUGAACAGCAUGGUGGCACCAAACGGCAGAUCUUUCCUACCAGGUAA